ACACAAACCACCAACCACCACCGCUACUCCAACCCCACAUUCGCUCGCCAGCAGCUCGAAGAGGAUCGUCGGCGACCAUGUCCGGGCGCGGCAAGGGAGGCAAGGGGCUCGGCAAGGGCGGCGCCAAGCGCCACAGGAAGGUGCUCCGCGACAACAUCCAGGGCAUCACCAAGCCGGCGAUCCGGCGCCUCGCUCGGAGGGGCGGCGUGAAGCGCAUCUCGGGGCUCAUCUACGAGGAGACCCGCGGCGUGCUCAAGAUCUUCCUCGAGAACGUCAUCCGCGACGCCGUCACCUACACCGAGCACGCCCGCCGCAAGACCGUCACCGCCAUGGACGUCGUCUACGCCCUCAAGCGCCAGGGCCGCACCCUCUACGGCUUCGGCGGCUAGGCGCUUCCUCGCCCCUCCCCUGCAGAUCCCAAAAGCUUGAUGAUACCGCGACUAGUGUGGUUUGCUACUUCCUCUGUAGUUCCAAGUGAAUCGUGAAACAAAGCUACUCGCAUCUGGAGUUGGAAAUCAAUAUACACCGUGUUUCUGAAUUU